ACAACAAUGAAGUUAGCAUCAAAGCAGAAGAAGACUAACCUCCAAUCGAGUUGUUUUUAAUGGUGUACUAUGCCGGAUAUAAAAAUAACGCCGCUGGGAGCGGGUCAGGAUGUCGGCAGGAGUUGCAUUCUGCUUUCGAUGGGCGGUAAAAACAUCAUGUUGGACUGCGGAAUGCACAUGGGCUACAACGACGAGCGAAGAUUCCCCGACUUUUCGUACAUCUGCCCGGACGGGCCCCUGUCGCCCUACAUAGACGCCGUCAUCAUUUCCCACUUCCAUUUGGACCACUGCGGGGCUCUUCCGUACAUGUCGGAAAUGGUGGGCUACACUGGACCCAUUUAUAUGACGCAUCCCACCAAGGCGAUAGCUCCCAUUCUGUUGGAAGACAUGAGAAAGGUGUCGGUGGAGAAGAAGGGCGAGCAAAACUUUUUUACUUCUCAGAUGAUCAAGGACUGCAUGAAGAAAGUGGUGGCUGUUACUUUGCAUCAAUCGGUGAUGGUGGACAACGAGAUUGAAAUUAAGGCUUAUUAUGCUGGUCAUGUGCUGGGUGCUGCCAUGUUUUGGGUGAGGGUCGGAUCUCAGUCCAUUGUUUACACUGGCGAUUAUAACAUGACUCCUGACAGGCAUUUGGGGGCAGCUUGGAUAGACAAAUGCAGACCGGAUUUGUUGAUUUCCGAGUCAACUUAUGCCACUACAAUUAGGGAUUCGAAAAGAUGCAGAGAAAGGGAUUUUUUGAAGAAGAUACACGAGUGCGUGGAUAUAGGGGGUAAAGUUUUAAUUCCUGUUUUUGCAUUGGGUCGAGCUCAAGAGUUGUGUAUAUUAUUGGAAACAUACUGGGACAGAAUGAAUCUCAAAGCCCCUGUUUACUUUGCCCUAGGUCUAACAGAGAAAGCAAACAAUUAUUAUAAAAUGUUUAUAACAUGGACAAAUCAGAAAAUUCGUAAAACUUUUGUGCAAAGGAAUAUGUUUGAUUUUAAACACAUAAAACCAUUUGAUAGGCAGUACAUUGAUAAUCCAGGGCCAAUGGUGGUUUUUGCGACGCCCGGUAUGUUACAUGCUGGCCUCAGUUUGCAAAUAUUUAAAAAAUGGGCUCCUUCCGAAAACAACAUGAUUAUUAUGCCAGGUUUUUGUGUGCAGGGUACUGUUGGUCAUAAAAUUCUCAACGGGGCUAAAAGAGUAGAAUUUGAAAACAGGCAAGUGGUUGAAGUUAAAAUGUCUGUUGAAUAUAUGAGUUUUUCUGCACAUGCUGAUGCCAAGGGUAUUAUGCAACUAAUUCAGUAUUGUGAACCUCGUAAUGUGAUGCUUGUUCAUGGGGAAGCCGAAAAAAUGGAGUUCCUGAAGGAAAAAAUCCAGCAAGAAUUUAAUUUAAAAUGUUAUAACCCUGCGAAUGGAGAAACGGCCGUUAUUCAAACGCCCGUAAAAAUACCAAUUGAUGUGGCACUGCCAUUGUUAAAAGCUGAAGCGAAAAAAUUCAGCGCCUUACCGCCGGAUCCGAAGAGAAGACGAACAUUGCAUGGAGUUUUGGUAAUGAAGGAGGGUGGCGUGUGCAUGAUGGAGGUGGAGGAGGCGUGCAAGGAGGCGGGCAUCGAGAGGCACAUCGUGCGGUUCACGUCGACCGUGCAGAUAAACGACGCGGGCCCGUGCCUGUCUACUGCGCACAAGUUGCACGCAUACGUGGCGGAGAAGUUGCCGCAGUGGAGCGUGCACUUUUCCGAGGGCGAGAUUUCCGUGGAAAGCGUGCUGGUCAAGGUGGAGGGCGACGACGACGAUCAGAAGAGCGUCUACGUCUCGUGGACCAAUCAGGACGAGGAUCUCGGCAGUUUCGUUCUGAACGCGCUUAAUGCCGUCGGGAAAUGAUUCACUUUCUUAUACGAGUCUUAUAUAGUUAGGUUAAGUUAUUAAAG